AUGGCGCCUGUCAAGAAGAAGAUCGCCAUCAUGACCUCGGGGGGUGACUCCCCCGGCAUGAACGGGGUUGUCCGGGCCUGUGUCCGCAUGGCAUUGCACAUGGGCUGUGAUGCCUACUGCGUCUACGAGGGCUACGAGGGCCUUGUCAGGGGAGGUGACUACAUUCGGAAGAUGGCGUGGGACGACGUUCGUGGCUGGCUCUCCGAGGGCGGCACUCUCAUCGGCACCGCCCGCUGCAUGGAGUUCUACGAGCGACCCGGCCGUCUCACUGGCGCCAAGAACAUGAUUCUCAAUGGCAUCGACGCCCUCAUCAUCUGCGGCGGUGACGGCUCCCUUACCGGUGCAGACAAGUUCCGGGCCGAGUGGCCAUCCCUCCUGGACGAGCUUAUCGAGAAGAAGGAGUUCACCAAGGAGCAGGUCGCCCCAUUCCGCCACCUGAACAUUGUGGGCACCGUUGGCUCCAUCGACAACGACAUGUCUGGAACUGACGCCACCAUUGGUGCCUACUCUGCCCUUUCGAGGAUCUGCGAGAUGGUCGAUUACAUCGAGGCCACCGCCUCUUCACACUCCCGUGCCUUCGUCGUCGAGGUCAUGGGCCGCCACUGCGGCUGGCUGGCACUCAUGACCGGCGUUGCAACCGGUGCUGACUUUGUCUUCAUCCCCGAGAAGCCCAGGGAGGACAACUGGAGGGAGGAGAUGUGCGCUAUUGUCAAGAAGCACCGCAGUCUGGGCAAGAGGAAGACCAUCGUCAUCAUUGCCGAGGGUGCUCACGACAAGUACGGCGGCAAGAUUUCUCCCGACAUGGUCAAGGACCUCCUGGCAGACCCCAAGGGCCUCCACCUUGACACCCGGAUCACCACCCUGGGACACGUUCAGAGGGGCGGCACGGCUGUUGCCUACGACCGAAUGCUUGGCACCCUCCAAGGAGUCGAAGCUGUCAAGGCCGUUCUUGAGGCCACGCCUGAGACUGAGACUUGCUUCAUCGCUAUUACCGAGAACCAGAUCGUGCGAAGGCCACUCAUGCAGGCGGUACAGGACACAAAGGCCGUGGCCAAGGCUAUCGAAGCUCAGGACUUCGACAGGGCGAUGGCGUUGCGGGACACCGAGUUUGCGGACCAGUACAAGUCAUACAUGUUGACAACAACGGCAAACCUCAGCAAAGAAAACAUACUUCCCGAGAACAAGCGCAUGAGGAUCGGUUUCAUCAACGUCGGAGCACCAGCUGGGGGCAUGAAUGCGGCCAUUCGAGGCGGUGUGGCUUACUGUAUCUCCCGUGGACACGAGCCUGUUGCCAUCUGCAACGGAUUUGCCGGCUUCGCAAGACAUCACGGCGAUAAGCCCUUAGGUGCUGUCCGUCCUUUCGACUGGCUCGAGGUCGAUGGCUGGGCAAGCAAAGGUGGCUCUGAGAUCGGAACCAACCGAGAACUGCCCAAGGAGUCCGGGAUGGAGCUGAUCGCCGAUCUCAUCAAGCUGUACAAAUUCGACGCUCUCUUCCUCAUUGGCGGGUUCGAGGCCUUCCACGCCGUAUCGCAGCUUCGCAUCGCCCAAAAAGACUUCCCCUCGCUGCGGAUCCCUAUGACCGUCCUGCCUGCGACCAUCUCCAACAACGUACCCGGUACCGAGUACUCCAUCGGCUCUGACACCUGUUUGAACGAGCUGGUCAACUACUGCGACAAAAUCAAGCAGUCUGCCUCUGCUGCUCGCCGUCGUGUCUUCGUCAUCGAGACCCAGGGCGGCCGGUCCGGCUACGUCGCGACGCUCGCCGGCCUCGGUGUCGGCGCCGUCGCCGUGUACACUCCCGAAGAAGGCGUCAGCCUGGGCAUGCUCGAGGCGGAUGUUAGGCACUUGAAGGAUGUAUUCGCCAAGGACAAGGGCCAGUCGCGUGCUGGUCGCCUGAUCCUCAUCAACGAGAAGGCUUCGAAGGUGUACAACGCCAAGCUUGUGGCAGACAUCAUUCGCGAGGAGGCGCACGACAGAUUCGAGUCCCGUGACAGCAUCCCCGGCCACGUGCAGCAAGGUGGCGUUCCCUCUCCUAUGGACCGAUCCAGAGCCGUGAGACUUGCGAUCAAGUGCAUCCAGCACCUGGAGAACUUCGGCAAGAACGCCGCAGAGCGUGUCAUGUCCGACCCGAUGGGAAUGUCCGUGAUCGGGAUCAAGGGCGCGGACGUGGUCUUCACGCCCAUGCAGGAGGUUGAGGAGCAAGAGACCGACUGGGCAAACCGACGGCCAACGAAAGGCUACUGGUGGUACAUGAAGGACGCAGUCGAUAUCCUCGGCGGUCGUCCAGAUUACCCCAAGCCCGAGAAGAGGCUGUCUGGCUUAGCGGCAAAGGAUGCAAAGCGCGGUAUAUAA